CUGCGCUCUGUUCCAGUGUGUGUGUCGGCAGUCGGCAGAAUAAACGUUAGAGCGGUCUGUACCCAGACAGAGGGAAUUCUGUUAAAGCCUCGGUGAGGACUGAAGCUGCGUUCAGUAUCCUGCAGACCGACCCGGGCUCCGUGUGGGGCCGCUGCGGCUCCGGCUCCGGCUCCAUGGCCUGAUCUGUACCGGCGGCGGACGGACCGGCUGCAGCGAAAGCCUUCGAGAUGCUCCGAGCUCUCUGCAGCUGCACAAUAACACCGUCACCGAUACCGGCCCGGGGACUCAGCUAUGAUUUUCAGACGGAGAGCCAGGAUGUUGCGGUGGCUGGUUUGUGGUCGUUUGGGUCCAGUCUGGAUGUGGAAGGCGCUGCUGCUCUUCGUUGCCAUUGGGUUUGCUGGCCAGCUGUUGGGGGUCAUCUUCAACAAGAGCAGUGUCCAGUCAGCCGGUCGCUCCAUCUUCUCUUCCCCCGAUGCCCAGGGGCCCUCACUGGGCUCCUGUCAGCCCCACACCCACAUCAUGUUCCUCAAGACACAUAAGACGGCCAGCAGCACUGUGCUCAACAUGCUGUACCGCUUUGGGGAUGAGCGUGACCUGCGCUUCGCCCUGCCACUGGGCUACCAGCUGGGCUACCCACUACCAUUCAACGCUCACAGGGUCAAAGGUUACAGAGGUCCUAGAGCCGUGGAGUUCCACAUCAUGGGCAAUCACAUGAGAUUUAAUAAGGCUGAGACAGAGAAGGUGAUGCCUGCAGACACGUUCUAUUUCUCUAUCAUCAGGGACCCAGUUGCUCUGGCUGAGUCCUCCUUUGCCUAUUAUAAAGAGGUUGCGCCUGCUUUUCGGAAAGCCAAAAGCUUGGGGGACUUUGCUGACGACCCUAAGAAAUACUACGACCCCCGCCUUCGCAACAACCACUACGCCCGGAACCUGUUGUGGUUUGACUUUGGCAUGGACCACAAUGCUAAUUUCUCUGUGGCACUGGCUCAGCGUGCCGAGGCCAUGAUCCGCCGCACUUUCAAGCUGAUUCUGGUGUCGGAAUACUUUGACCAGUCCAUGAUCCUGCUGAGACACGCCCUCUGCUGGCCACUGGACGCUGUCGUCUCAUUCAGCCUGAAUGCUCGGCAGCAGAAGCCCAGUGUCAUCGGGGGGAUGAGCGGGAGCUGGGUGGGCAAAGCAGCUGCGGCGGCCGGCGUUGGUGCUAGAGUGGUACGUUCCCAAGCCAAAACGCUGACCAAUGUAACGGAGGAACAGCGGGAGAAGUUGCGGCAAUGGAAUGCCCUGGACUGGCAUUUAUAUAAAUCCUUCAACCGAACCUUCUGGGAGGAAAUCAAUAGGUUUGGUCACUCCCAGAUGGAGCAGGAAGUAGCUCUUCUCAGGAUGCGGCGGGAAGAUUUGGCUCGGGUUUGUCUCAGGGAUGGCGGAAAACCUGUAGAAUCACACCGGAUCAGAGACAAAAACAUCCGCCCGUACCAGAGCGGAUUGGUGAAAAUUCUCGGCUACGAGCUCCAGCUGGGGCUGGACAACGCCACCAGGACGGCCUGUCUGAAGAUGAUCAGGCCUGAGAUCCAGUACAAGGACGUGCUGGAUGCUAAACAGUUCCCACGGGCUCUGCCGGCCCAACCCCAGCCAGGCCAACAGAACCAGGGCCUGAUGGUAGCAGCAGGUGGCUCUCUUUUAAGACAAGACUCGUCCAGGACAGGAGAGAGGCUGGUAGGGGGAGAGGCUGGGGGGAGGACAGUGGAGGAGGGGGAGAGGGACUGGGAUGGCAGCCGCUUAAUGAGGAGGAACCUGACUUUAUUACGAGGGCAAGAAAAAGGCAGAUGAGGUUGGAGGUGAGUCUCGUUCCCAAAUAUGGUACCUUUGGUCUUUGGACAUAUGGACUAAUGAAACUGAAAACUGAGCCAAGUGUGGUUUAUACAUGAGAAAACAAAAAGCUCCUCCUUUGUACUUCCACUUUUUGGUUGUUUGCUUGUUUUCUUAAAAACUGUCUUUGCUUUUACUUGGUGUCAUUCUCGUGGACUUGACCCUUGACUGCUGAGAGCCUGGGAUGCUUUCAUGGCAUGCGGUAACAAGUUGAAGAAAAGCGAAAGGACCACUUUGUUUUUUUAGAGAAGCACUCUAAAAGUGUUGGCAGGUACCUUCCGCGAGGCUGUUUAUACCCUGUUCAUAUUAAUACUUUUUAAGAGAUAUGAUGUUCACGUUGUCCUCAGUGCACAUGCUUGAAACUUCUUAACGUAAAGGUACAUUUAGCCCCAGUUUUUGCCUUUCAUGCUGUACCAUUACAUUAUGUCACUGAGCUAAGCACCUGUUUUCUCUUCAAGACAAACACAAGCUAUUUUAAAACCUUUUCCCAGAAUCCUCCAAGACUCUUUUUGCAAUCUGGCCAAAGAAACAUUCUGCUUGCUGCAUUAUACAUGUUUCCAAAGAAAUGUAUUAAUUUAUAUUGAUCAAAACAAAGACCGUAGCCGGAAAUGUCAUAUUUCCCUUCUCAAUGUAAAUUUACAAAUUUAAAUUAUUUAUUGUCAGUCAUACUUGUCUAUAUUGAUGCUCCUUUCAAUUAUUUUAUAUUUUCCAUAUUACGCAUUUAUGUUGUACAUCAUGCACAAAACGAGCAAGGAGAUAUGUUAAUUCCCUCUACCUGAAUAAGGAACCUUUCUGCGGAAAGAUUGUUUUUACAUUCAGGGUCUUUGUGAGAAUUCUAAAUGUUAAACCACCUUCUGGGUUUUUCAAAGAUUGAUGGGUAUUUUUCAGAAAGCUGCAUGCUUAGCUCUGUGACUCUACAGUAAUACACGAGAGGCACAAACCAUGGUUAACCUAUGUAUGCAACACUAAUUUUCCUUUGCUUAUAUGAUUUGUAAAGUCAGUAUAGGCUGGUAUUUGUUAAUGAACAAAAAGUAUUAGGAUCAUUUUCCUAUUUAUCUUUUGAAAAACACUUUCAGUAGUCAGUAUUGAGCCUGUGUAGAACCACUAAUGGAAACCGCUUCUUAAAUAUCCCUUCUCUAAUACAAAAAGGGAGAACCGUCCGAGGCCUGUGCUUCUGCUCUGAACGCUUGAAUUUCAGCAGCCUGUAGGAGGCUGGUUAAUGUCAGCAUUUGGGCACAAUCCUCCUUUCGCUAUCUGCUGAUAUCCAGCUGUCGACACAUGCAAGAACAGUACCAUGGAGUUCCAAUUCUUUGUCUUAAUGUCAGGUAUUGAUAAUUAAAUAAUAUGAGCGUGGGCCAAAAUAUAUCAAGAGCGCUGCAUGUUAAAGAUGCAAACCCUGAUUCUAUAUAAUUCACAAUAAAAUAAAUAAAGUCCUCCACAAUUCCUGCCAAGUAAACUUUGAAUAAUGGGCCUGCAGGUAUUUGGGGAAUUUUAGAUUGUUAGUGAAAAAAACAAAGUGAGAAUGUCAAAGUUUAGGACGAAAAAAACAAAUGUACGGUGUCUAGAGGGCCAUGGUUAGCAUUGCAUAGCCUCUGGUGUGAUUGACAGGUCGGCUUGUAGCCACACCCUUAAAGCAUGCCCUGCUUUAACACCUAUUUUAAAAUAAAUGCAACCAUAAUUUACAAAAUUAACAUCUGUCUGUAUUGAAGAAGACCUAAAAAUAGCAAUUGAGAUUACAAACUCAAAACAAUGAAGUGAGACGAGAGAAGGGUCAUUUUCUCAUAAACUUCUACAGAAACUGACUUCUGACAGAACGCGGCUUUAAGGUACUUUCACAAUGGCUUCACUUUUCAGACUAGGAAGCCUGGUCCAUUAUUUUUACAGUCUAUAAUCACAUUACUGUUACAGCCUGGUCUUGGGACUCAUUGUCAUUGACUUGCUGCUCCAUUUAGAGUCAAAUCUUGCAACAUACUUAGC